UUUUAAGGUUAUACGUCCUCUUUCUUCUUGGUUGGUGCUCGCAGUCGGAAGUUGCGCGCAUCCUUGCUAAAAAAAAUCCGCUGAGAUGGGUCGUAUGCACUCGCAUGGAAAGGGUAUAUCCCAGUCUGCGCUUCCUUACCGGAGAAGCGUUCCAACAUGGCUCAAGUUAACGCCGGAGGACUGCAAAGAUCUAAUUUAUAAACUAGCGAAGAAAGGACAUACACCAUCUCAAAUUGGUGUUAUACUUCGUGAUUCUCAUGGAGUAGCCCAAGUGAGAUUCAGGACAGGAAACAAAAUCCUGCGCAUAGUGAAGAGCAUGGGCUUGGCCCCGGACCUGCCCGAAGAUUUGUAUUAUUUGAUUAAAAAAGCCGUCGCUGUCCGUAAGCACUUGGAACGCAAUCGCAAAGACAAAGAUAGCAAAUUCCGCCUGAUUCUCGUAGAAUCGAGGAUCCACAGGCUUGCGCGAUACUACAAAACCAAAGGAUCUUUACCACCGAAUUGGAAGUACGAGAGCUCUACGGCUAGCGCUCUCGUGGCCUGAUCUUUUUAUUGCUUGUGUAACGCAUACUCUAAUAAAAUUUCUUUUUCCAUGUAA